GAUCAGCCACAGAAAUAAAACAGUAGCCGCCUGCAAGCCAAUCCGUCAUCCCACCAAGCGUUGUUAAUCUUUUGUGAAAAAUAUAGUAUUUUUGUUGACGGAAAUUAGAAUAAUACGAAAAUGCUGUAUUUAGAAGAUUAUUUGGAAAUGAUAGAGCAUUUGCCCCAAGAACUGAGGGAUCGAUUUACAGAAAUGCGCGAAAUGGAUUUGCAAGUUCAAAAUACAACAGAUAGCAUAGAGGAGCGUAUCCGUGUUUUGUUUUGCAAUGCAAAAAAGCUGAAAACCCCAGAAAGAGAUGCUGAAUAUGAAAAUAUUCGUAAAGACUAUUUUAAAGUGUUGGAUGAUGCUGAUGAAAAAGUUCAGCAAGCCAACCAAAUGUAUGAUUUGGUUGAUCGUUACCUACGUCGGCUGGACCAAGAGCUUCACAAGUUCAAAAUGGAGCUGGAAGCUGAUAACAGGGGAAUCACAGAAGUCUUGGAAAAGCGUUCGCUUGAACUGGACAUGCACAAUGGGUCCCAUUCACAAAAAGAAAAUCGUCAUGUAAACUCCCAUUCGCGAGUAGCAGAAAGGGAUCGUGAAAGAGAGGGAAGGCGUGCAGCUGGGGGAACUCAAAUGAAUAGACAAAGUAGUGCUGCUAGCCUACCUGUGCAAGAAAAAACAUGGUACGGAGAUACACCAGCUGCCUCUCAAGCGAUUCCUUCUUCCUCGUUGGCGGUUACAACCCCUAUUUCGGCUACAUUAGGCCACAGCAGUUCGGGGAGCUCUGUUAUAGCCGCAGCCGCUGCGCAAGCGAUUGCUGCCACACAACAGGUACAGCAAGGUCGACGUAGUGCAAGCAUGAAAGCAUCAUAUGAAGCUCUGCAGCAAUUCACGCAGUCCACUGAUGUGGGUGUAUUGGGAAUCACCCCUAAUUUGGCUCUCCCGUCAGUCGAUGCACGUGAAGUUACGGCUAACGCAACGGCCUUGGUGUCUACUGGCCACUCAACAAAGAAACAGAAAAAGAGGCGAGAACCAGUCAUUGAAUUGCCAGUGGUUCCAAGUGAACCAAUGGAAGUCGCCGCCGAAGAGGCCAUGGAAACCGAAGAAUGUGUCGAAGGCGAAUGGGCGCCAGAUCCCGAUGAACCCCGCUACUGUUUGUGCAACCAAGUCAGUUAUGGUGACAUGGUGGCCUGUGACAAUCCAGACUGUCCGCUAGAAUGGUUCCAUUACGCUUGCGUUGACAUAACAGCCCCUCCCAAGGGGAAAUGGUAUUGCCCGCGCUGCGCAACAUCCAUGAAGCGAAGAGGAAGGAAACAAUGAAAAUUCUACCCUUUCCCUGCUGGUCUUUGGCGCGUUUCAGCACUCGGUGCUGCUGGACUUGGGAUCUAGUAGAGCCAGCCUGAGAACAGAACAGAACAGAACACAUUUGUGUACGUGUUUUUAUUUGAAAAUGUUGUAUUGAUUCAUGGAUUAAUGGAAUGCGAGGCCACGCAGUAUGUACAGCGGCAACAAUACAAUAAACGGUCGAGGGAAUAAAA